AUGCGUCUACACCUCGUCAUCCAGCGUCACGGUCUCCCCGUGACGCGAAUCCUCUGGACGACUGCACCGCCGUCGCUUUACGCGGGUCGCUCCUCAUCUGGCGUUCCGGCCGCUUCGUCGGCGUUGUUGGAGGAUGUCAACGAGGUGAUUCCGCUCGAGACCGAGCCGGCUUUGUUCGACGAUGAAUACAGCGGGCAGUGGGGUCUAGAGGACUAUGUGGUUGAGACGGGCGGGUCCGAGUGUCUGCAUUUCAUGGAGGUCGAGGGUCUUCUCCGAGACGGGGAUGAAGUUGUGAUCCGGGCACUAGAGGUUGCGGAUUUGCGCGCCCGUCGGCUAUCAGGGCGUCAUCAGAUCUCGAAUGACGGUAAACACCUUAUCGAUGGGGUGCCUUUCGGAAAGCCGUUUUUGAAACGGUCGACUGCCUCUCGUCCGGCGAUUACUAUCCCCCCGCGGAAGAGGAGACGGACAACCCACGCGGCGUGGGAGAAUCGACUUGCCUACGGAGAUGAGGACGUGGAGUGGCACCCUGGUGCGCCUUCGCGGUCACAGGAGCUUUCUGUCAUACGGCCGAGUCAUGCUGUCCACCAGAAGAGAAAUGACCAUUACGAGGACGAGUUCGAGGACUAUCAUGACAACGGGGAUCGCACCAGGGAAGAGGACCCGGAUGCGGGCGACGCGACUGUCAUCCACCAUAGGCUGGACGAAGGCGCGAGUGGCCUCCCGGCAGAUGACUUGGAAGACUACGGAGAUGCCCAAGAAAGCGGCAGUGAACACCCGUCUGAAGAUAUCUCCGAGUUAGAAGGCACAGACAUGGUGGACGAACUGGAAGGUCUUAAGGAGGAGAUGGAGCUGUCGCAACUGGCGGCUAAUGGCGUCGUCGACUUCAACCAAGCACCACAUACUGGCCCCUAUCAGCUGCGCGCGAGAGCGGGCGAGGCCGAGCCCAAGGCUCGGAAGAGCUCUCUCUCAAAGCACGUCGCAGACGAUAGCUCUCGUCGGGACUCCAAAGCGGUCCGGUUCCAGGGCCAGGGCCAGGUCCAAAAAGAAAAGUCCCCGGCCCCACAGCCUGAGAAACGGCUCGUGAGCAAGGCCGGAUCGACAUCCGACGAGGAAUCAGCAAACAGCUCCAGCGAUUCAUCCGCGAGCGACUCCAGCGCCUCAAGCUCGGACUCCGACUCCGACUCCGAUUCCUCAGCCAGCGCCCAAUCCAACUCCAACGCGUCCACUUCCGUCACCGACACGUCAUCAUCAUCAUCAUCGGAAUCUGACUCUUCCGACUCAGACUCCGACUCUACAACCGCCCCAGAAACAAAAAUCACCCUCCGCAAAACCACCACCAACCCACCCGGCCGAGGCUCCACACGAACAAAAAAGAGCAACCUGCGCACGAAGCUACGCCGCCGCCUCUCCAAACUCAAAGAACUAGGCGCCCUAUCCGCAGAAGCCGACUUCACCGCUCUGCGAGAAUUCGAGGAACUCCACGGCCACCAGUACUACACGGACGAAACUACCAUGACCAAGAAACAGCAGGAACAGGCUGAGUUCGAGGCCCGGCGGCAGAAGCUCCUUCGGGAUCUUGCCUCCGGCGGGGUAGAUAUCUCCGAGACUGCCACUACAACCAGCACUAUCGGGAAAGAGAACGAGGCGCCCCGGAAAUCCACCCGGAAAGAAAGCACACAGCGUGCGGAACAAUCCGCCGCGGAGUCUACCCCAUCGGAGGAGGAGGAUGAGGACGAGGGGCCCGAAGAAGCGCACUCCAAGCGACGCACGCUAGACGUCGCCAGCUCUCGACGAAUGGUCUUCGGGUCGCUGGGCGUGCGAACGCCGCAGUCCAAGGAGGACGAGGAAAAGACGCGGAAAAAGCUCGCUGGAAAAGUCAACCAUUUCCUGCCUCGUCAGCUGGCUGUUGAAAAGCCUGAACCGACACCUGUUGUUAGUGAUGAUGAGGGCAGCUGGGAGGAUAAGCUGAUUGUUAGAGCAACGGAGUGCGUGUUCGAUGAUGUUGAGCUGACGGCGCCGCCUUACCCGUUUGAGCAGCGCUGGGACCGCGAGGCUGCUUAUCGGAUUAAGCAGUUGAAGGGACCGAGUAAGAAGAGGAGGAGAAAGCAGAAGACGCAGGAGUAUGAGGUGCAGGAGGAUUAUGGGAAUGGUGGUUAUGAGAACGGAGAUGGGUACUGGGAGGGGGACUAUGGGAAUGAGGGGUAUGAGUACGGGAAUGAAGACUGGAACGAGGACUACGGGAACGGUGAAGGCUACGAGGAGGGAAAUACGGAACUCAAUUACGACGAGGCUGGCCUGGAGAACGGUGAUGCUGUCAUGGAGGGGACUGAACAGCCCGCAGAGACGGAAGAGGAUCUGCCUUCUAUGCCUGAGAACCCGAGCUCUCUUCCAGCUCUUGUCGAGACAGACGUGAAGAAAGGCGCAGUGAUCGCAUACAAAGAACUCGACAUGUCGAAAGCGACCAACUGGCAGCCCAUCGUGUCCGAGUACCGCGUCGCAGAGGUCCACGACAUUCUAGACAACGCAUUCAACCUCCGCCUCGCCGCGCGAGAUCGCAAGGCCAUCCGCGAAACCGAGGACGACGAAGACGACGAGCCCGAGUACAGCGGCUUCGAGAUGCCCGGAUAUGACGAAGACGCUGAAGACGACGGAUUCCGCGAGAAAUCGUUCGGGGAUCUGAUUGACCCCAAGCUUCUCCGGGCUGCUGAAUGCGCAGACCCCGGGGAGGCUGGGGACGCCAGCAUGUCAUCCGCGAGUCGAGCCCGACGGGGUCGGAAUUCGUCAGUCUUGGAGUCUAGUAUGAUGCAGGAUCAUGGUGAUGAGGAACGGUUGGAUGUUGGGGGCGAGAGGUCGGCCCCGACCAGUCCGGUCAGAUCGCCUGAAUUCAUGGGCUUCGAGUCACCACCGCCACCGGAGUCGUCCAAGUCUGACACCAACACGGAGCCCCAGGCCCCUGACUCGCAAGCUGAGCCAGCUGUGGUUGAACCCGGCGAGAACCCAGACGGACCUCAGAGUCAAAACCAAAAGGAUGACUCGCACUCUACUGUUCCCCCCAACCGAUCGAAGGUCGACCCGCCGACGAUGCCUUCCGACGACGACCUACAGAUGAUGAGCAGCCCGGGAAGCGUGGUAUCGUUCAGUCGCCUGAUCAGCAGUCUCCACGAAAAGGAGCCAUCGGAGAGCGACACGACCAAACCCAAUGAAGAAAAACCCUGCUCCCCCAGGCCAGCUUCCCCCUCCUCAACCACGUCCGUCGUUCCCAACCCAUUCUACGAAAUCGACAAGCAACACGAAGACACCGAACCGGAUAGUACUAGUUCCCAAAGACGCACCCGCAGGAGCCUAAAACGCUCCCAAGCAGCAGAAACAUCAGCGUCGACUCCACCCGCGCGAAAAGCCCCCCGCAGAUCCUCCCAGCGCAGGAAAACUGCUCAAUCCCAAGAGGACUCACUGAUAACAUCCAUUCCGGACAGCAUGGUCGAUGCCCAGCCACCUCCCACCCAAGAAUCAGGCGUCUUCGUCGACUUAACUCAGUCCAGCCCGCUCGCGUCCCCCGGAGGAAGCGACGUGGACUUUGCGAAAUCGCAUCGUCUGCCGCGGGGUUCCGGGUGGGUGCAGAAGGACUUGCCGCCCCGUACUACGCGCAGACAGACGCGGUCGUCGGUUUCGGGGUCGACGUUUGCGAGAAGACGGGCGAGGUCGCGGGUGUAG